AUGGCGCCGAUUAUGAUGGCCCUCCCACCAAUAGUUUUCAGAGCAUGGGUGUUUGAGUUCAUGUUUGUGGUUAUGGAUAGGAGCGCUUCGAAACCGGCCACCCCAGAGGUAGAAACCGCGCAGGAAGGCCCCAAGGCCCAAGAGGACGCCGCUGGGCCUCAGCCCAAGGAGGAUGCCGAGCCCGAGACUGGAGAUUCCAAGAGCCCCGAGCGCCCUUCUACCCUGAGCGUGGAGCCCAUUACGGAUUCGCCGGUGCCCAUACUUUCUCCGGCCGGCUCCACUAUUUCCCGCCGCGAUUCUCAACUUACCGACCGCGGCUUUUUCGACGUUAAAUUCUAUCACAACAAGCUUUGG